AUGAAUGCUCCAACUAAGCUUGCGAUAGUCGUCAUCGUCAUCUUCGCAACAAUUCUUUUAGCUCUUUUCACGGAGCUGGUUUACGUUCUUUGGCGUAAACGGAGCUUCCGUCAGCGCAGCGUCAUCAGCGGCGGCGCGCUUUCCGUUGACUCUGAGUUUUCGGGUUCACCUUUCUACGCUGCUCCCUCCAAGGAGCUUCUCUACUUCUUCUGCUGGAAAAACCAACUGGCCCGUGUGGAGCCAUCCUCUGGGGUGGUGUCCCCGACGCCGACGGAGGCUGCUACGGCGCCGGAAUCGGAGGGAACCACGACAGAGGACGACGAGGCGUGGCAGGCGUUGUACGGGCAGUCGAGGAUCUUGUAUACGAUAAAAGAAGAGGAACGAGAAGGAAACGACAGCGUCGAGAAUUCCGCUGAUCAGAGUGAAGCGAGAAACGAGAAGCGGGCCUGUCUCAGGGGGCUGCUUAUCGGGCGGGGCCGAAUUGUCGGCUGA